UUUGCGCAUGCGUCGUACUGCUUCCUGACUGUCUGUCUGUCACUACCAACCAUUUUCGCCGCCGUGCCGGGUUCGCGUUGACUGCCCAGAGUCCGCGAAUCAGCACCGCACAGGGUAAAUACUCAGCCUUUUAGUUGAAAAGGAAACUUGUAAAAUGUCCUUGCAUCAGUUUUUACUUGAACCAAUCACUUGCCAUGCCUGGAAUAAAGAUCUCACUCAAAUUGCAAUCAGCCCAAAUAACCAUGAAGUGCACAUCUACAAGAAGAGUGGCAAUCAAUGGGUGAAGGGACAUGAGCUUAAAGAACACAACGGACACAUUACAGGCAUUGAUUGGGCUCCUAAAAGUGACCGUAUAGUGACCUGUGGUGCUGACCGUAAUGCCUAUGUGUGGAGCCAGAAGGAUGGAGUUUGGAAGCCAACGCUGGUUAUCCUUCGUAUCAAUCGUGCAGCAACUUUUGUUAAGUGGUCCCCUCUAGAGAAUAAGUUUGCAGUGGGGAGUGGGGCCAGACUUAUAUCCGUGUGCUAUUUCGAAUCAGAAAAUGAUUGGUGGGUGAGUAAGCACAUCAAGAAACCGAUUCGCUCCACAGUACUGAGCCUUGAUUGGCAUCCCAAUAAUGUGUUGUUGGCGGCUGGUUCCUGUGAUUUCAAGACCAGGGUGUUCUCUGCUUACAUUAAAGAAGUUGAUGAAAAGCCAGCUAGUACUCCGUGGGGAUCCAAAAUGCCAUUUGGGCAGCUUAUGGCAGAGUUUGGUGGAGCUGGCAGUGGUGGUUGGGUACACAGUGUAAGCUUCUCAGCCAGCGGAAACCGUUUGGCAUGGGUUAGUCAUGACAGCAUUGUGUCUGUAGCUGAUGCAUCUAAAAAUAUGAGUGUUGCUCAGCUGAAGACUGAGUUCCUGCCAUUACUGAGUGUCAUCUUUAUAUCUGAGAACAGUUUGAUAGCAGCUGGCCAUGAUUGCUGUCCAAUGUUAUUUACCUAUGAUGACCAAGGCUCCUUGACUUUCAUUUCUAAAUUGGACAUUCCCAAGCAAAACACUUUGCGCAAUAUCUCUGCCAUGGAGCGCUUCCGAAACAUGGACAAACGAGCCACUACAGAAGAUCGUAACACCGCUUUGGACACGUUGCAUCAGAACAGUAUCACCCAAGUGUCCAUCUACGAUGGGGAUAAGUCUGAGUGCCGCAAGUUCUGUACAACGGGGAUCGAUGGUGCCAUGACUAUCUGGGACUUCAAGACCCUAGAAUCAUACAUUCAAGGACUACGAAUCAUGUAAGGAAAGAGCAGCAAGGUGAGGAGGAAAAAAACCCAAAACAAAACAGAAGUCCGAAGACCUCAUGGAGCCUGACAUAUCUAGAACAACAAGGUGGAAACAGACUGAAGACCCUUCAGCAUGCAGCCGGAUCCACCAGCAGUGAAAGGCUUCAAUGUUAAUUAAUAAUGGGCACUCAAAGAUACAGGCUAAUACGUGUUCUCUCCUCCUGGAAAUGAGCACUUUCCAUUUUAAAACAGAGCAAAUUGUCAAUUAGUUUGCAGAAAUUUGUAUAUGCGACAUAAUGCCAAUCUCUGGUGAAGAUUGUCAAACAUGAUAUCAGCUAGUGUUUUGUUUGGUUUUUUUUUCGUGUUUUUUUUGUCAUUUACCAAAGCUGCUUCUAGUAGUUUUUGUGGGGAACAUAAGACACUAAAUUAAAAUCAUAAUUUUAUGUAAAUUGUCUGCUAGAAAAUAAAAUUGCAGAAUGUUCAA